CUCACACACACAUAUUACUAUAUAUAACGAUCGUAUAGGUGCAACCAGUAUUCACUUCAUAUCUUUCGUUCAUUGGGGUCACUAAUAAAUGUCUCUCCGGCCAUUCGAUCUCCGGCCCUGAAUUAAGCUAGCAAGUCAGCAUUAAAUACAGUAUAUACUACCUAUAUAUCCUAGCUAGUACGUACGUCAAAUAUUUGAAGCUAAAUAUAUAGCAGAAAUGAAUCUCUCCGUGAAUGGCGAAUCGCAGGUUCCUCCCGGAUUCCGGUUCCAUCCGACGGAGGAGGAGCUUCUGCAUUACUACUUGAGGAAGAAGGUGGCGUCGGAGAAGAUUGACCUCGACGUCAUUACCGACGUUGAUCUCAACAAGCUUGAACCAUGGGAUAUUCAAGGCAAGAAAAUUCAAACACCAUUACUAACAUAAAUAAAAUGCACAAAUAGAAAUAAAUGUGGAUGUUUUCUUCCUCAAAUAUGUCAGAUUCCUAACUUAGUUCUGUUUAUGCAUUUUGUGAUUUUUGUCCAUGUUUUUUAGUCCUAUUUAUUGCAAUUGUUUUUAUUAGUAUUGUAUAUAGGGGAGGAUCUCACCAUAUAUGACCCCAAAUUUUGUUGAUUACAUAUACGCAUGAAAAUUAAUUUGACCGGUCACGAUUUUGUCCUUCAUAUCAACAUGCAUUACAUUAUGAUUCCAUCACUGAUUAUAUAUAUGAAUUUGCGAGCGGUCUCGUAGAAAUGUGCAAAAUAGGAUCAGGACCGCAAAACGACUGGUACUUUUUCAGUCACAAGGACAAGAAGUACCCGACGGGAAGCAGGACGAAUCGGGCAACCGCGGCGGGGUUUUGGAAGGCAACAGGGAGGGAUAAGGUUAUAUACAGCAAUGGGAAGAGAAUUGGAAUGAGGAAGACCUUAGUUUUCUAUAAGGGGAGAGCUCCGCAUGGGAAGAAGUCCGAUUGGAUCAUGCAUGAAUAUAGGUUGGACGAAACUCCCCGUAAACCCUCUCAGGGCUCAAGUUUGACUGGAGAAACGUUGACCAGUGAAGAGGGUUGGGUGGUUUGCCGAGUUUUCAAGAAGAAGAACUAUCACAAGGCUGUUGAAAGCCCUCGUCUUGCCGGCUUUGACCAAGUCCAUCCUGGAAACGACGUCGUCGUUCUUGAUCAGAUUCUCACCUACAUGGGAAAAUCCUCAAUCCAAAACACGACCAAAAUUAGCAAUAACGGCAGUAAAAAUAAAAAGCUUUUAAUGAACGGCUACGAUGGAAGUAAGGAAUUCACCAGCGCAAUCCCGGCCGCUCGUUUCCUACACCUUCCGGCUCUCGAAACCCAAUCCCCCAAGGAGAUCAUCUCACCUUUCUUGAGUCAACCAUUAUUUGAAGACCUUUUGACCGAGACUGAACCGGCCGAGGAUUUCAAGCUGGCCGCCGGUCCGACCGGUUGGGCGGCUCUCGACCGCCUGGUGGCUUCUCAGCUCGACGGCGGCCAAGUCGAAGUAUCUAAUAAGAGCUUUGCCGCCGCAGGUGAACUUAGCGACAGCUUGUAUUUUCCGGCCGCGGAUCACCGGCUGUUCGGUAGCGGAAAUGGCGUUGACUUUUGGAGCUACACCCACUCCUCAUCAUCACCGUGUGAUCCUUUGUCACAUUUGUCCGUAUAAACAGGCGUAUAUCCAGCCAUAUAUAGAUACAUAUAUACGUAUAUAAUACAUAUACAUACAUACAUGCAUAAUUAUGGGAAGGAACAUUAAUCUCAAUUACCGGUGGGCGUAGCUCAACUGGUAGCAAGGGAGUGCCACAAGGGUUAGGUCUCGGGUUCGAAUCCCGGCAACUGCGAUGAGGGGUUAUUAUGCUGAAAAAUGCAUAGGGCCUCUGCAAGUACCGGGGACAGAGCCCCACUCUCUAUCUGUCAGAUUGUGAUUAUAGUCCAAUUUACAUCCUCCCAUCGUGCCGUCCGGUCGGUGGUGGGGGGCCCUCAGGGAUGGGGUGUCAUCUUUUUUUUUUUUUUUGGAACAUUAAUCUCAAUUACUAAGAUAGUAUUACUAUCGUUGGCUAUACUCCGUAUUUACUAGUUACUACUGAGUACGGAGUACGGGAGUAUAAUAAUAGGAGUACAUAUAUAGCUUUUGUAGUCAAACGAAGUGUUUUGAAAUUAUAUAAAGAAGUGAAAUCAUACUUUAC